AUGGCAAUCGGCUCAUUUCUAUCGCGUUGUCGAGACGCGUUUUUUUAUUUGUCUUCAUUUUAUUUUAACUUAAGAACUAAUUUAAUAUUAAACGCACUAAUUGCCAUGAGCGAUGUAUUGAAGAGUUCGCAGGAGCGCUCCCGCAAGCGCCGGCUGCUGCUUGCCCAAACGCUCGGUUUGUCCAGCGUCGAUGAGCUGAAGAAGGUGCUAGGCAAUGUAGACGAUGCCGGCGGCAUUGGCGGCAGCAGGCAGCUCAAUACCCCUGGUCAACGGGAUGAAGAGGAUGGCGGUGGUGCUUCCUCAUCGAAGAAAGCACCGAAUGAAAUCAUUUACAGAGAUUCAUCAACGUUCCUAAAGGGCACACAGUCUUCCAAUCCGCACAACGAUUACUGCCAGCAUUUUGUGGACACCGGCCAGAGGCCGCAGAAUUUUAUACGCGAUGUAGGACUUGCCGAUCGUUUCGAGGAAUAUCCCAAGUUGCGGGAACUAAUCAAACUGAAGGAUAAACUCAUUCAGGAUACGGCAUCGGCGCCAAUGUAUCUGAAAGCCGAUCUCAAGACGUUGGAUGUGAAGACGUUGGGUGCCAAAUUCGAUGUAAUUCUGAUUGAGCCACCGCUGGAGGAAUAUGCACGAGCUGCGCCCGCUGUGGCAACGGUGGGUGGGGCACCGCGCGUCUUCUGGAACUGGGAUGAUAUACUCAAUUUGGAUAUCGGUGAGAUAGCCGCUCAUCGCUCGUUCGUGUUUCUUUGGUGUGGCUCAUCGGAGGGAUUGGAUCAGGGGCGCAAUUGUCUCAAGAAGUGGGGAUUUCGUAGGUGCGAGGACAUCUGUUGGAUACGCACGAAUAUCAAUAAGCCGGGCCAUUCCAAACAGGCGAUACCGAAGGCUGUUUUCCAGCGCACAAAAGAACACUGCCUGAUGGGCAUCAAGGGCACCGUACGCCGCUCCAGCGAUGGUGAUUUCAUACAUGCCAACGUCGACAUCGAUCUAAUCAUAUCCGAGGAGGAGGAAUUCGGCAGCUUUGAGAAACCCAUCGAAAUCUUUCAUAUCAUUGAGCACUUUUGUUUGGGUCGACGACGCCUACAUGUCUUUGGUCGCGAUUCGAGUAUCAGGCCGGGCUGGCUGACCGUUGGACCCGAGCUAACCAAUUCCAACUUCAACGCUGAACUCUAUCAGACCUAUUUCGCCGAGGCACCAGCCACCGGCUGCACCAGUCGCAUCGAACUGCUGCGGCCCAAGAGUCCGCCUCCCAAUAGUAAAGUGCUGCGUGGCCGUGGGCGCGGAUUUCCACGUGGACGUGGCCGUCCCAGAUAGUAGUAGUCGUAGCGAUGAUGAGGAGCCACUCUCAAUUGCAUGUAUUUCAUAGCUUCUAAGCGCAAACAAUUGUUCACUGGUUGUAGCAUCUAAAUAUUCGAUUGGUCCUUGAUGCCGUUGCAAAGGUCGCUUAAUAAUUAGAAUGUUUCGACUUUAAAUGUAGUUUCUUAAGUUUAUUUGAAUUUAAUGAUUGCAAAUGACUUAUUUUAAAUUUACCUUUUAGUUUAAUUUCCAAGUAUUUUCGAAGGUUUUCAUAGAAGAACUCAUCCUCAUAUUGGAAGUUCCAUUUUUUUUAGACUUCUGACUUAAUUUAUAUAUUUUUAAUAAUUGCAACCUAUUUCAAAUUUAGUUUCUAUGUAUUUUCGACUGAUUCUUAAUGCACCGACUUUUGACUCGUGUUUCAAUUUCUUUUUUCAGUUUA